AUGUCGGACAGCAAGGGCAAGGCCUCCCAGAAGGUGACACUGGCGAGCAACGAUGGGUCGCAUAUCGAAGUUGACCGCGUCGUUGCCGAGCGUUCUAUGCUCAUCAAGAACUUGAUUGAGGAUCUUGGCGACGAUGCCAUUGCCACGGCGCCAAUCCCCAUCCCUAACGUCAACGACCCGGUCCUCCGCAAGGUUGUCGAGUGGUGCGACCACCAUCGCGGCGACUCUCUCCAGUCGAACGAGGAGGAGAACGACAACCGCAAGAAGACCACCGACAUCGAGGAGUGGGAUCAAAAGUUUAUGCAGGUUGAUCAGGAAAUGCUAUUCGAGAUCAUUCUAGCCGCGAAUUUCCUCGACAUCAAGGCGCUGCUUGAUGUUGGCUGCAAGACAGUGGCCAACAUGAUCAAGGGGAAGUCACCAGAGGAGAUUCGGAAGACGUUCAACAUCACGAACGACUUCACACCGGAAGAAGAGGAGCAGAUCCGCCGGGAGAACGAGUGGGCCGAGGAUCGUUAG